UUAAACAUUUGAUUCGAUAUUUUAUUUUUCUCGGGAAUAAGGCAUUCCAUGGGUCCGGUUUUAAUAAUACGUAUUAAAACAACAUGGCUGAGCCUGACGAGUACGAGACUGUAAGGAACAAAAAGGCUAAAGCGGCGGUGUGGCAGAAUUUUGCUCUUAGAAAAAGAAAGAGUGACGGUGUAAUUAAAUCAAACAUUGCGGUAUGUAACAUCUGUAAUAGUGAAGUUAAAUAUUCAGGUGGAACCACAAAUUUGACUGCACAUAUACGGGUGUAUCAUCCAGCUGUAUUAGGAAUGCAUGGAUUGGGGAGUAUUCCUGUUCCAGCAAAGAAAGACACCAACAAUAACGCUACAUGUGCCCCGACAAAAUCCCAGGUACAUCCAGUCUCGUCUCAGCAAACUCUGCCCAAUAUUUUAGCUGCGAAAUAUCCACCAAAAUCACCAAAAGCAAAGACAAUCACAGACUGCAUAGCCAAUUUCAUCAUUAAAGAUCUAAGGCCAUACAGAAUAGUAGAUUCUGCCGAAUUCCGAACAUUGGUAAAAACUCUUGACCCUCGAUAUCAGUGCCCUAGCAGAAAACAAUUUUCUGAUGUUUUGAUUCCACAGAAAUACGAAGCAGUGAAAACACAGGUGCAGGGCCAGUUGAAAACUGCUACGCAGAUUGCUAUUACAACUGAUGGAUGGACUUCACGUUCCACGGAAUCCUAUGUGACAAUCACAUCAUCCCAUAUAAGUGACCAAUGGGAAAUGAAGAAUUUCGUCCUCCAAACUCGCAGUAUGCCAGAAAGUCAUACAGGUGAAAACAUUGCUGAUUCUAUCACCAAAGCUUUAGGAGAAUGGAACAUAGCAAAGACCCCACUUUUCAUGGUAUCUGAUAAUGCAGCAAACAUGACCAAAGCUGGAGAGCUACUAAACUGCGAACUCCACCUUGGAUGCUAUGCCCAUACUCUAAACUUAGCUGUUCAGAAGUGUUUAGGGGUCCAGUCAGUUGCACGAAUUCUUGCUCGAGUGAGAAGAAUUGUAGGUUUUUUCCACAGAAGUAGUGUAGCCGCUGCUAUGCUGAAAACACAGUCAACUUUACUAGAACUGCCCUAUCACAAACUUGUCAUGGAUGUGUGCACACGAUGGAACAGUGCAUAUGAUAUGUUAGAAAGAUAUCUGUCUAUGCAAGCUGCAAUCGUUAGUGUCCUUGUGAGCAAAGAACUAAAAAAUAAGGAAAAGGAUUUGAAAUUUCUUUCGGAUGAUGAAACAACCCUUGCAGAGGAAAUUGUGACUUGCCUUAAGCCACUCAAGGCCAUUACCACUACCAUGUGUAGCGAGACAUGUCCAACAGCGUCUAUCAUAUUACCUAUUCAUCACCAGCUGUUGAAAAGUAUUCUUCUUCCCAAAGAAGGCGACUCGGCCACAAUUAUCAAUAUGAAGAAGUCAAUGUCAUCAAACCUCAAAGAACGAUACGCUUUGAAAGAACAUACCUUAAAUAAAAUCACAGCUCUUGAUCCGCGCUUUAAGUCGCUGCCGUAUUUAUCAGAGGAGGACCGGUUGUCAGUUUUUGACAUUUUAGUAAGGGAAGCAGGCAAUCUUGAUAACAAUUUGGCACAGAUCACUGUUAAGAGUGAGCCAGUGGACAAUGAUGACAUACCUCUCCCAACUUUGCCUACAUUGUCGGAAGAUUCCACAGACUCUGAUGAACUCCCACAGAACAACCCAACCCCUCCAAAAAUCAUGAAAUUAGAAUCAAAGUCUUCAUCUAAUACUCUUGUUGACAUACUAGGAGAUGUUUAUAUAACAAAGGUGGAGUCCAUUCAGAAAAAGUCUCAACUGCAAGCAGCAGAGGAUGAAAUUUUACAAUACAAGAACUCCUCUGGAAUUCCAGUGAAUGGUAGUCCACUUGACUGGUGGAAGGAAAACCAAGAAAAGUUUCCACUUCUGGCCGUUCUAGCGAAAAGAUACCUAUGCAUUCCUGGAACCAGCGUCCCUUCUGAGCGUGUCUUUAGUACGGCAGGGGAUAUUGUAACUGCUCAGAGAGCAAAUCUGAAGUCCAAACAUGUGGACAUGCUAAUUUUUUUAAAGAAAAAUCUCUGACUUUAAUCACUUUAUCUAGACUACUGGAUCAACAAAUCUAGUCAUAAAUAUGGUUGUGAACACUUUUUGUUAACUACUUUAUUGUUGUUGUAAGUUGUGAGCAAAUACUCAUGGAAGUUUAUUUUAAUUUCCCUUUCUCUA